UCAUUGACAUGUUUUUCGAUACUCACACUUUUUCUAAUCUGUUUGUCACCAGCAAAAUGUAGGGAACAGCUUGAUGAACAGUCAAUGAAGUUGGGGAGCAUAAAGGCUAAAGUUGGAGUUGAGAAAAAUUUAGCAGAUAUGCAAGACUGGAAGCCAUCUGAAUAUUGGAAAAGAGUUACCUGUAUCAUGGUGAUUCACGCCGGGAAUCAAAAUUACAUUAUGACUGCUGCUCAAUGCUCUGUGAAUAUUAUAAAAGUUGUGAGACGUGAUAUGUACGACCGCAACGGAGACUACGAAACUUUGGCCUUCAAGAAGGGACACAGCAGGUAUUCUGAUUGUGUUCGCACGCUGGAGUUUAUCCCCACAUCUUUGAAGAGGGUCUUAAACUCAAUUCAAAUGACUAUGUGAAGCUGCUGGGGACUGUGGUAAAUCUCUGGCUGGGGAGGGUUGCUGCUGGAAGGACACCUGUACAGCAGCAAGAUUCGGUUCCUUGCUA